GGAGACGCGAGUGGGCGGAGCCGGAGACACUCCGGGUUUGCGGAUGGUCGGCCCGCGUCGGGCGGGGCCUCGCGCAGCGGUGUGGGGGCGGGGCCCACUUGGCUUCUUUCGGCGUUGGCCCGGGUGCUCGGCGAGGGCGCGCGGACCCCGCACUGGCGCCGGAGCCGGUAUGGGCCCGCCCGGCCCUGGGCUCCGAGCCGCACGAGCACCAGCCUAGAGCCAGGACUGAAGCUUCAAGAUGGCUGAGCAAGACCUUGGGGGUAUCAGCUCCCUCCAGCAAAUGGUGGCCUCAGGCGCUGGGGCUGUGGUCACCUCCCUCUUCAUGACACCCCUGGACGUGGUGAAGGUUCGUCUGCAGUCUCAGCGGCCCUCCAUGGCCAGCGAGCUGACGCCUUCCUCCAGACUGUGGAGCCUCUCCUAUACCAAAUGUGAGUGCCCCAAGCCACAGGGAGCCUGGGAGGGUGCAAGGGGGAGAGAGUCCUUGUCCCUGUCCCCAGGGCACCAGUGGACUCCACAGCCAUGGACUAGUGUAUACUCCCAGGUCCCGCCAGCCAGUCCCAUGACCUGCACCAGAACAUCCACACAGGGACCUGGCCUUUACUGGCCUUCCAGGGAUAGGGGCCCACUGCCUCCCUGCAAGGUUCUAGGGUCCUGUCAUUAUAACGUCCCUUGCCUUUCCCCAGUGCCCUCCUCUCUCCAAUCCACAGGGAAGUGCCUCCUGUACUGCAAUGGUGUCCUGGAGCCCCUGUACCUGUGCCCAAAUGGUGCCCGCUGUGCCACCUGGUUUCAAGACCCUACCCGUUUCACUGGCACCAUGGACGCCUUCGUGAAGAUCGUGAGGCAUGAGGGCACCAGGACCCUCUGGAGCGGCCUCCCCGCCACCCUGGUGAUGACUGUGCCAGCUACCGCCAUCUACUUCACUGCCUACGACCAACUCAAGGCCUUCCUAUGUGGUCGAGCCCUGACCUCUGACCUCUACGCACCCAUGGUGGCUGGCGCUCUGGCCCGCUUGGGCACCGUGACUGUGGUCAGCCCCCUGGAGCUUAUGCGGACAAAGCUGCAGGCUCGGCAUGUGUCGUACCGGGAGCUGGGUGCCUGUGUUCGAGCUGCGGUGGCUCAGGGUGGCUGGCGCUCACUGUGGCUGGGCUGGGGCCCCACUGCCCUUCGAGAUGUGCCCUUCUCAGCCCUGUACUGGUUCAACUAUGAGCUGGUGAAGAGCUGGCUGAAUGGACUCAGGCCGAAGGACCAGACUUCUGUGGGCAUGAGCUUUGUGGCUGGUGGCAUCUCAGGGACGGUGGCUGCAGUGCUGACUCUACCCUUUGAUGUGGUGAAGACCCAACGCCAGGUCGCGCUGGGAGCAAUGGAGGCUGUGAGAGUGAGCCCCCUGCAUGUGAGCUCCACCUGGCUGCUGCUGCGGAGGAUCCGCGCCGAGUCUGGCACCAAGGGACUCUUUGCAGGCUUCCUUCCUCGGAUCAUCAAGGCUGCCCCCUCCUGCGCCAUCAUGAUCAGCACCUACGAGUUUGGCAAAAGCUUCUUCCAGAGGCUGAACCAGGACCGGCUUCUGGGCAGCUGAAAGGGGCAUGGAGGCAAGGACCCCGUCUCUCCCAUGGAUGGGGAGAGGGCAGGAGGAUACCCAGCCAAGUGCCUUUUUCUCAGCACUGAGGGAGGGGGCUUGUUUCCCUUCCCUGCUAGCGACAAGCUCCAGGGCAGGGCUGUCCCUCUGGGCGGCCCAGCCCUUCCUCAGACGCAACUUCUUCCUGCUGCUCCAAUCGUGGGGAUCAUCACUUUCCCACCCCCCAAGUUCAAGACCAAAUCUUCCAGCUGCCCCCUUCGUGUUGCCCUGUGUUUGCUGUAGCUGGGCCUGUCUCCGGAAACCGAGAAACCCUCAGCCUGGCAUAGUCUCCCUGACCCCUGUUCAUUCCUUAAGUGUAAAGAUGAUGAACUUCUG